ACAUAGUAGCUUUUAAGUCUCAAAUCAUUUAAAAAAAUACUAUAAAUCAAUUAAAAAUAUAUAUAAAUCAUGGGUACAAAUGACAAACAAUUCUUUGGCCCUUUAACAUUACACCAGAAAAGUGAAAAGCCAUCUAUUUUUAAGUGUGAAAAACCGACGGAAUGUGCCUGUGUUCUGUGCGAUGAAAUAUUCCCGUUACCGGCUUCCGAGAAGCAAUUCCUAACACAUUUGUUCAUGGAACAUCGUCUGGUUAUAGCUGAUGUUAACGAAAUUGCUGACUUGAGAGGUUAUGUGAAGUAUUGGAAACAGAGAUUUAAAGAUCAAAAUUUGCCAUAUUAUUGCACAACUAUGCUUCUUGAUAACAAACCAGAUGGUACAAAGUCGAAAAAUGAAGAAUAUUUUCUACUAAGUGAUGUGUUACCUGAGGACAAAGAACUACGAAGCAAUCUUAGGCAGAGCAAAUUAGAAAUUCUAUUAGAAAGGCAUGCAUUUGAAAGAGAAGAUAAAAAUUACUCAAAAGAGUGUCUCUUUUGUCGAUAUGUCUCAAACGGCACUAGAGCUAAUUAUUUAAAUCAUCUGUAUGAAAAACACAAUUUUCAUAUUGCAAAGCCUGAUAAUUUAAUAUUCGUAGAUGACCUAGUCGAUUUAAUUGCUUCAAAAUUGGAAAAACUUCAAUGCAUUUUUUGUGAAGGCUUGUUUAAAGAUCGCACAAUUUUAAAAGAGCACAUGAGAAAGAAAGGGCACAAGAGAAUAAACCCAGCAAAUAAAGAAUAUGAUAAAUUCUUUUUAGUCAAUUAUGUUGGUGACAAACACACCCUGCCUACCUAUAGACUGAAUAAACCAAACACAUCGAAAUAUUCAAAUGCUAAUAAAGAAGAAUACGAACAGGAUUCAAAUGUAGACAGUGAUCCGGAAUGGUCAGAGUGGACUGAAGAAAAUGGACCCUUGAUAACUUGUCUUCUCUGUGAUCAGACCGAAAUGGAGUUUGAGAGCAUUCUGGAUCACAUGGAAAGAAAACACGAAUUCUCCUUUUCAAAAGCAACUUCUGGAUUUGAUUUUUAUCAUAAAAUCAAAAUUGUCAACUACAUCCGACGACAAAUACAUUUAAAACAAUGUCUGUCGUGUGAGACAAAGUUUGAUGAUUCGAGAAAUUUGGAAAAACAUUUAAAGGAAAUGAAGCAUUGGACGCUACAUAAGGAGAAAUGGGACCAACCAGAAUAUUACUUUCCGACCUAUGAAGACGAUUUGUUCCUGUGUUUUAUUCAUGAUGAGGAUGAAAGUUGGUGGUCAAGUGAUGAACAAGAAGUCGAAAAUCAGAAUAAUAUGUGUGAUAAUAUUUCAAAAGAAAUGGCAUUAUCAGUUUUAAGUGAUUAAGGCAUUACUUAUUAAUAUUUUACAUGAAAAUUGAUAUCUUCUUAUAUGAGAGGUGCUACAAUUUUUAAAAUAUAUGUCUAUAAAGAUAUUUAUCUUUUUAAAUAGUAUUCUUUUUAAUUUUAAAUGGAUUUGUAGAUAACUGGAGUUGUCAAAUAAUACAAAUCACAUUUGUACUUGGUAUUUCUAAUUAGUCUUUCUACAAUAUUUAACUAUUGGCAAAAGAAUUAUAAUAAAUAAUAGCAAAUAUGUAUAUACAUUAUUUUAGAACGAAAACUGAGUGAGUGGUCAAGGAAGCGACGUCACCUUUCAGACAUAGUAAAAGAUAGGGGCAUCCAUCUUGGAUUGUCAUGGAGAUAACAAAUUUAUGACUGUCAGUUGCAUUCUUAAUGAAUUUCAUAAAAUUUUGUUGGUAUAUAUAACUGAAAAUUAGAUAAUCAGUGUCCGUCGGUAUUUAUUUUAAACAUUUUAGUGAAUGGUCGAUUAUAAUAUAUAUAUAUACUGAUAUUGUAUUCCUGCUGAGGCUAAAUAAAGGUUUUUUUCCAUUAAUCAUUAUCUCAGUUGGUGGAAACUCAAUUAUCUAAUGAGCAGAGUUUUGUAAUUCGCAACUGAGAAAACUGCUAAGCCAAUAUACAUAAAGCUUAUACCAGUUGAUUCAGCAAGUUUUUGAGGUCUUAGUAUGCACUUAGUUUUAUAAGAGUAGUUGUGCUUUACGGUUUCAUUCGCUUUAAAUUAAUACUUAAACAUGCCCAGUGGGAAGUUUAUGUUCAUGUUAAUAAUAAGUCUUAUGAUAAUUUAUAUUGAAUGAAAUUAAUUGAUCUUCAUUAAGAGAUUGUGGAAGCAAUACUUUUUUUAAACUAGUAAUAUCUGGAUCUUGUGUACAUACUAUUAACCAGUUAUAACUGGAUAUUAUAAAGCAAUCUUUAAAACGCUGGUGCAAAUAAGGUUGGAAAAUUAUUAAAUGUUUUAGAUAAGUAAGUUACCUAUAUAAGGCAAUAUAUUUGCAUAGUUAUGACAAAUAUUUUAAAACACAAAAUUAUAUACUUAGUCAAUUUAAAUAGGACUUAAAAUCAUCUUAUAUUUAUUUUAUUUCUUUUUAUUAUCUAUAUUAAUUUCUAAUUUGUAAUUAAAAAUAUUUGAUGAUCAUUAAAGUCAGAUUAUGAAUAAAAAAACCGAUGGAGCUCGUGGAAGAUUACAGUGAAACAACGAUACG